GAGGACAACACUCAAUAGUUUUAACGUACUUCAUCAUUUCCUCACAAAACCAAACCUUAAACCUCAAGAUGGGGUUUCUUCACAAUCAAUAUCUCUCCUUUGUGAUACUUCUCCUUUUUGGUUUCCUCGCCAUCUCUUACGCUUGUGAAUGUAGUGACCCUCCAAAACCAUCGCCUCCACCACCGUACACUCCAUGCCCUCCCACCGCGAAGCCACCGCCACCACCAACCCCAUCUCCUCCACCACCGUACGUCAAACCACCGCCACCUCCAACCCCUUCGCCCCCACCACCGUACGUCAAACCACCGCCACCUCCAACCCCUUCGCCCCCACCACCGUACGUCAAGCCACCACCACCUCCAACCCCUUCGCCCCCACCACCGUACGUCAAGCCACCACCACCACCAACCCCAUCGCCCCCACCACCGUACGUCAAGCCACCACCACCACCAACUCCAUCGCCCCCACCACCUUACGUGAAGCCACCACCACCACCAACUCCAUCGCCCCCACCACCUUACGUGAAGCCACCACCACCACCUUACGUGAAGCCACCACCACCACCAACUCCAUCGCCCCCACCACCUUACGUCAAGCCACCACCACCACCAACUCCAUCGCCCCCACCACCUUACGUCAAGCCACCACCACCACCAACUCCAUCGCCCCCACCACCACACAUCCAGCCACCGCCACCACCAACUCCAUCGCCCCCACCACCAUACGUCAAGCCACCGCCACCGCCAACCCCAUCUCCUCCACCACCACACAUCCAGCCACCGCCACCACCAACUCCAUCGCCCCCACCACCAUACGUCAAGCCACCGCCACCGCCAACCCCAUCUCCUCCACCGCCACCAACCCCAUGUCCUCCUCCACCUCCAGCACCAACACCUAAGCCUAAGACUUGCUCAAUCAACGUGCUUAAGCUAAGCGCAUGUGUGGACGUGCUUGGCGGUUUGAUUCACAUUGGACUAGGGAAAGGCUAUGCCAAGACGAAAUGUUGCCCGGUUCUUGACGGUUUAGUGGGUCUUGACGCAGCGGUUUGUCUUUGUAGCAGCAUUAGAGCCAAGCUUCUCAAUAUUGACCUGCUUAUUCCCAUUGCUCUUGAGCUUCUUAUCGACUGUGGUAAGACUCCACCUCGUAACUUCAAGUGUCCUGCUCCACAGCAAAGGAAUCCUCUCUUGGGUUGAUCUCCUUGUGUUUCAUUUGAUUCAGUGAAAAGUAUUUACGUUCUCAAGAUUUAUGUUCUUUUUAACGUUUUCUGAUUCCUAAAUCAAUAGCCAAAAAGGACCAAAUUUUAUUACUUCUCUAAAUCAAAAAGCAACUUUUAUGUUAUUGUAAGGUUAUUGUAUGUUGAAACAAUGUCAUGAAAUUUAAAAUUUUAAGGGGAUUUUUUAGCACCA